GGUUACUACCCCAGCUUUAGAUGAUUCAGAAGCUCAUAUCGAGGAUCGAAUGUGUUUUAAAAAAAGAAAACGGUACUGUGAGGAUCGACCCCAUAGAUACCCUGCGGGGAAGCCCCAUUGUAGAUCGAUGCAUUGGACCCACCAAGCUUAUCCGUAAAUGCAUGUCACCGCUUGACCUUAGAUUACUUGACGCAACAUUGUUGUACCUGAAAAGAAAAUCUAAGCUUAUUAACCGCUCAGCCUGGAGGUAGAAACUUCUGUAUCACUUCAAGUAGAGAUUAAUGCACACGAAGAUACUAGAUCCCAAUGAGCCAUCUCCCGGCUUUUACUGGGGAGGGCCUCUGAGACAAGAGCAGCUAAGAAACUCAGAAUAAACCCAUAAAGUCCUUUAAUAUUGGAUGACGAUGCAAACAAAGAAGGACUAGAGGGGGUUGAAAAAUAAUAAAAGACGUGGGUGCUCCCCUCCUUCAAGUCGAAUCUAAUCAUCACAUCACGCCUCACCUCGCAGCAUCUUCUUCAUUCUUAUUUACUCCGAGCCUAUCUCAAUCAACCAAAAUGCAUUUCCUAUCCACCCUCACUCUUGUGUCCGCUGCAACUACUUUUGUGGCGGUAAUGGCAUCUCCGGUCUCAGUCGAUGUUGAAAAGAGAGAUGAUCACCUUUGCAACACCGUCCGUCCGUACUGGGUGCCAUAUUGCUGCCCUCCUACCUCCCAAAUCUCCCAAAAAAACUAUGCCAUCUUCGAGUGCACCGAAUUGACUGGAAGUACAACGAUAACCACUGUGGACGAACAGAAAGAGACUUGCAAGAAGCAAAAUCAAUCUGCACUUUGCUGCAAGAGAGAUUCUUUUGGAAGGCCUGAUUGUUUACCGGUAGUUUAAGCCUAGAGGAAUGGCUUUGCACAAUCUGUGGAACGUCUCAAUAUAGGACAAAGUCGAGGGACUUCAUACUCUAUGGAGACGUUGAAAGUUGACAGAUCAUGAAUGAUGAGGAGAUGAAUGAGAGAAAAGUUUUCGUUUCGAAGAGUAGCUCAAUACUAUAUUUAACAAUGUCA